AUGUCAGCCAUAAUUUUGCUGAUUCCUUUUCUCUUUAAUCUUGAAGAUUAUAUCCUAUAUUAUGAUUUUGCAUCCCUACUUUGUGUUUAAUAAUGGAUAUUUGAAACAAAUAGUUAAUUCAAGUUUUUUGAAUCAUUGCUAUUAACUGUGGUAAUAAUGUUUGCUUAAUCUUUCACAUUAAAUGUAAAAUAUAUACUAAUAUCAGCUUAUAUAUUUUGAUGAGAACUUAUUUUCUAAUUCUGAUAACAUAUAUCAAGCCUGUUUAUACAUAGGUCUAACAAUUAUACUUGCUAAUCCUAUUAGUAUUAAAUUUCAGGAUCGUAUUGCUGCAAAAUAUGAACCAUUUCCAUAUUCUGUUAUGAUGAUUGAUAAAGUAGGAUAAGCAUUGACAAUUAGUAAAUUAAUAGAAGCUUUUAUUUUUGAUAAGAUUCCAUUUACAAACUUAUCCUUCAUUCUAUCUACUUUAUUAAUGAGUUAAAUUCCAAUAAUUGUUUUAUUUAUUGGAUUAACUGACUAUCAUUCAACAAAAACCUCUUAUUCUAAAAUUAAAGAAUUGGCAUUGGAAAAUUCAAUUAUCUAUCUAUUAACUUCAUCAAUAUUUCUAUAUUUAAAACAUUCUAAUAUAGUAAAAUUGGAUUCAUAAAUAUAUUAAUUUUUAUCAAUUAUUCAAUUUGUCUUAUAUUCAAGUAAUAUAUAGAUAAUAAAUUAUAGCUAUAUUUUAUUAGGUCAAAAAAGCUGUUAAAUCAAGAAAUCAAUCAAAAAUUAAAUAAUAAUGA